CUAAACCAGGUGUUAGAGUAAGUCAGGGCUAUAAAACUGAUGUGGUGACGACUACUGACCACUGACUGUGACAACUCGACAGCAACAGGACGGACUCUAGCCUUACCUACAGAGACUUCACGGCAUCUCACAGGUUACCCAACUCCAACUAUCCUGAUACCAUGUCCGUAGUUGAAGUAUCCGAUAGAAGUGGUUGUAAGAGCAAACUCUGGGACUACGACGGAGGUUACUUACCACUGGCUAUUAACGGUAGCCCUUCUGAACACUUACCAUCUCUAAAGAAAUGGGAAACACGAAAGGAUGACGUGUUUGUCUGCUCCUAUCCAAAAUCGGGAACAAACUGGGUAUGGGAGAUCGUCUCAAUGCUCAGACAAAACAAAAAGGAAAUUACAGAAAUGGUAUUUCCAAACAUUGAAAUUUACCGGACUCAGGAUAUCGAUGCCAUGCCUUCGCCUCGGACUUUACAAUCACAUAUGCGGUUCCGUUGUCUUCCUCAACAUUUCCUGGAGAACAAAGGCAAGAUAAUAUACGUGAUGCGAAACCCGAAAGACAUCGCUGUUUCCAUGUACAACUUCAUGGUGAAAUUGAAGGACGUGUACAGUGGAUCUUGGGACGAUUACCUCGACCUCUUCUACCACGGAAAAUUGGGUUAUGGUUCUUGGUAUGACCAUGUGCGUGACUGGGAAGACUUCCGAAGAGAGAACAGUAAAUACCCUAUACUGUUCGUUACAUACGAAGACAUACACAAGGACUGUAAGAAGGAGAUAACACGCAUUGCCAAAUUUUUGGAAAUCUCCACAAAUUCAGAAACAGUUUCUGCGAUAGCAUCGCAAGUCCAGUUCCAGAACUUUAAGACGCAGAAGUUAGAGAAAUGUGGACAUAUAUACAGAUCUAUCAGCAGGGACGGUACAGACGUCUUCUUCCGCAAAGGUGUGGUGGGAGACUGGAGGAAUCAUUUCACGGUAUCACAGAGCGAUGAGUUCGACAAAGUGUACGAAAAGAAAAUGAAAGGAUCCAAGUUAAAAGUUAAAUUUGCUGUUUAAGAACUGAAAUAUUCAGUCAUAAAGUUCCGUAUGAGGUGCAAGCGAACCCUUGACGUAUCAUAUGGUUCAUAUCUGUACGAUUCGUCUGUUAGUCUGAUAUAACAAGUUGUUUACAUAGAAGGUCCCAAACGAGCUAUCCAGCGGCAUGUCAGACACGAAAACUGGUCAUUGUGUAAUAUUAAAUGUAUACUUAACUUCUUUGCCAUCAAAA